UCUGACGUCACUGUGAGUCUCGUUCUUCCUGCGGUUGGAGACCAGAGGGGCUAUCUGAAAGCUAACGGAGCUAGCAGUGUGUCUUUAUCUCUGCAUUGUUUUAAAGACACUGUUAUUAUAAUCUAAUUUCUGUGAUCGUGUGAUUGUAAGGGACCUUAUUAACCGCCAAAUUAUCUCAGACGCCGUCUUCUCUUCGCCCCCGCCCGGAGAACAAGCUGAGCCAUGUACAAUGGGAUUGGCCUGACGACUCCGCGCGGGAGUGGCACCAAUGGCUACGUGCAACGCAACCUAUCGAGUCUGCGGGUCAAGCGGCCGCGGGAUGAGCGUGGUGGCGAGCGGGAUGAGAAGGACCGAGAGAGGCUGGAGAGCCAGCUUAACAGGCAGCCCAAUGCCGACAUCCUGGAGCACCAGCGGAAGAGGCAGCUGGAGGUGAAGUGUGCGGAGCUGCAGGACAUGAUGGAGGAGCAAGGGUAUUCGGCUGAAGAGAUUGAGGAGAAGGUGAACAGUUUCCGCAUGAUGCUGCAGGAGAAGGAGGAGCCUGCACCUGCCUCCACUGAGAGACCAACGGUGACAGAGACGCAUGCCCUCGCUGCAGCCAACCAGCAGAAGAAUGACCGCCUUCGCGCUGCUUUUGGCAUCGCCAGCGACUAUGUGGACGGAUCGUCCUUCCACGCCGACCGCAAGGAGAAAGAGAAGGAGAAGAGGGAGCAGGAACGACUGGAGAGGGAGAGGCAACAGCAACAGAAAUAUACGUUGCUGGAAGAUUCAGAUGAAUCAGAUUCUCCUCCAAAGAAGCGCAGUCGCAAGAAGAAAAAGAAAAACAAGAACAGAGACAGCAGCUCAGAGAGUCCCUCCCCAUCACCUCGCAGAGAGAAGAAGAAAUCUAAAAAGAAGAAGAAGAAACGAGAGGUGUCAGAGGAGGAAGAAGACAGUUCCUCAGAGGAAAAGGAGAUGGUGUCGAAGAAAAACAGAAAAAAGAGUAAAAGUGCGAGUCCUCCAAAAGCAAAGUCAGGACGAGGCAGGAGCGCUUCCUCCAGCUCUGCUCACAGCAGUAGCCCAUCUCCGGCGCCGCCAAGAUCACGCCAACAGGACCAGACUGGAAGAAACGUUGAAGGUAGAAAGGGCAGUUCUCCAGACAGGAGGAGACGAGGCUAUGAGGAGCAGAGCCCAGAACGGGGCGAACGGAAGAGGCCCAAUCUUGAGAGGGAAAAAGAGCGACCAAGUGAGAUGGAGAGGACCACCUCCAAGAGGAGACACGACUACUCAUCCCCUUCUCCCCCACCACAGCUGGCAAAAGCCACAGAGAGAGAGAGAGGAAGGAGGUCCAGGAGCAAGCAGAAGGAGAGUGAGAAAGGGAGGCGCUCAAGAAGCAAAGAAGUGGAGAAAAGAAGGCGUUCCCAGAGUGUGGAGAUCAUGGAGAAGAGGAGGCGCUCAAGAAGCUUAGAAAAUGAGAGGGAAAGAUCACGACGUUCAAGAAGCAAGGAGAAGGAGAGAAGUAAGCGCUCCAGAAGCAGAGACAUACAGAGGGGGAGACGGUCAAGGAGUCGGGAGAUGGAGAAGGGGAGACGGUCGAGGAGUCGGGAGAUGGAGAAGGGGAGACGGUCGAGGAGUCGGGAGAUGGAGAGGGGGAGACGGUCGAGGAGUCGGGAGAUGGAGAGGGGGAGACGGUCGAGGAGUCGGGAGAUGGAGAGGGGGAGACGGUCGAGGAGUCGGGAGAUGGAAAGGAACAGAGGGCAGCAUUCAAGAAUAAGAGACACGGAAAGGGUAAGGAGAUCAAGGAGUCGAGAGAUGGAAAGGGGGAGACUAUCAAGGAGCAGAGAAAAUGCAGGGGGGAGAACUAAGCGCUCCAGAAGCAGAGAUGUGGAGAGGGGAAGAUCAGCAAGUCCAGAGAUUGAGAGAGGGAGGCGUUCAAGGAGCAGAGAACAGCGGGACAAAGGAAAGGAGAGCAUCCCUCAGAGGACAAGACAUGACUCCUCCUCAUCCCCUUCCCCUUCCCCUCUGAGACAGGAAACCAGGAUGGAAAGGAGCAAAGACGGAAAUAAACUGGACAAAAAGUCAAGACAUGACUCCUCCUCCACGCCUUCACCUCCCCCUGAAAAAGAGAGAAGAAGGAGGGAGAGGAGUAGAGAGAGGGAGCGCAGAACUAAUGAUCUGCAUUCAACAGUGCCAAACGAAAGGGACAACAGGAAAGAUGCAAGGAGACCUGAGAGGGAGACGCCUCCUCACCAGCAGAGAAAUGACAGGAAGAGGGACGGACAACCAUCCCGUGACUCCCUGUCACCUGCUUCCCGCUCUCCUGUCACCAAUGGACGUCAGAGGGAAAAGGAGAACGACAGGAGAGGAGAAACGGACAGAGAGGGCAAUAAGGAGAAGGACCGGCAUCCGAUCAAGCAGAGGGAAGAAGACAGAGUCCAGGAAGGCAAGAGGAAGCGGGACGAGGUUCGAUUGUCCUCAGAAAGCAGGCGAGAUGAAUCGAGGCCUGCUGAGAAGGCGGUGAGUGAAAGACCGGAGGUGAAGCAGAGGGAGAAGGAGAAGCCUGCUGAUAAACGGGAGAGCAGCAGCAGCAGCAGCAGCAGCAGCAGUAGUAGUAGUAGCGAAAGCAAUAGCAGCACCGACAGUGACAGUGAUAGCUCCUCAUCUUCUUCGUCAUCUUCCUCCUCCUCGUCCUCAUCCUCUGAAGAUGAGGGCAAGUCAAAAAAGGCUGGAUCCCCACAGAGGGAGAAGGACAGUCUAGGAAAACCUGCACCGUCCGCCAUUGGGAUUGCAGUCCAGAGACAUUUAGCCAAUGGUAAACAGCAAAGCUCGGCCUCUGAACGCAACACACCCAAAAGCUCCCAGAGGGAGAGAGGAGGAGGGGGAAGAGAUGCACCCGAGAGGGAAAGACUGCCUCAAAGAGCUCCGACAGAGGAGUGCUCACGCCGCACCAAAGGUCAGGAACGCUACAGCCCCACGCAGAUGGACAGUCCUAGCCCACCUCCUUCCCCACCCAGCAGAGCAGAUACCAGAGGAGGCAGGAGAUAUUCUCCUUCUGAGGCUGAUGGUGGGAGGGGGAGAGCAGAGGUGAAGGCUGGGGAGAAGGAGAGAGGGAGGGACAAAGACACAACCAGGGGGGCCACAAGGUCUAGCCCCUUGGUCCGGAGGUCACGCUCUCCACCCCAGAGGAAACCUACCGUCUCACCUGCCCAUCGCACUCCACCCAGGCAGUAUCAGGAACCUCCAGCCCGGUCCAGAAGAGUUUCUCCACCUCCUCCAGCCUGGUUAGACCGAGACAGGGACAGGCAGAGGCAGAGGGACAGAGACCGGGAGAGGGAGCGGGAGAGGGUCGUUAGGAGGACCAGGUCCAGAAGUCCAAGGAGGCGCAGCAGGUCUAGGUCCAGAAGUCCACGGAGACGCAGCAGGUCCCCUUCAAGAGGUCUGAGAAGACGAAGCCCCCCCAACAGGCCUCGGCGGUCUCCGUCUCCACAGCGGCGAAGGAGGACAAGUCGCUCGCUCUCAUGCGAAAGAGAAAGAGAGAGGGAACGUGAGAGGGUCAGGAGGAGGGAGGUCGAGCAGGCGCGAGAAAGGGAGAAGGAAAAAGAAAACCUGCAGCCAAAAGAUGUUCCCCAACCCCGCAGGUCCUCUUCCUCGUCAUCAUCUUCCUCCAGCUCCUCUUCUUCCUCUGCGUCCUCACAGUCACCACCGCCAGAGAGGAAAGACAGCAGAGGACCAUCAGAGAGGGACAGGAGAGCCGAUCAGCAGGACGAAAGGAGGGAGCAGAAAAGCCGACCCUCUUCCUCACAGGGCCCUUCUAGAGACUCUUCUCAUGCUCCACCCUCAGGUGGGAGGGGCUCACAGUCGGAUUCUCGCCGUUCUGAAGUGACCCCGCAAAGAUCUCCAGGGAGGAGCCAACCAGACGCCAAGCAGCUGCACCGGGGUCAAAGCGGAAAGCAGUCGCCGCCAGCCAGCCGCCAGCCACCCGAACGAACGGGCAGAAGCGAGAACGCUGUAAACGGGAAGGAGACAGAGAUGAAGAGCAGCCGGAGCAGCAGCUCCAGCUCCUCUUCAUCUUCUUCCUCCUCUUCAUCAUCCUCCUCAUCAUCAUCUUCGUCCUCUUCAGACAGCUCAGACUCUGAAGCCGAGCAGGGGAACGGGAAGGCAGCCAAAUCUAAGAGCUCUGCUUCCUCUUCCUCUUCCUCUGACAAUGAGAAGGAAGCAAAGAAGAGAAGCCCCGUCAGGCCUCAGCGGGUGCCGGCUGAUUCGCUGAGAGAUUCUCGCUCCCUCAGUUACUCUCCUCCACGACAUGUGAGAGCAGUGGCGUCCUCACCGAGCCGCAGGAGUGGCAACAGACGGUCACCGAACCAAUCAUCGAGCAGCAGACGAAGGAAAUGAGCCAACAGCAGACGCCUCCCUUCUUCUUCUGUGGUGUUUGAACUGGACUACAACACAAACUCCAGAGCCAGCAGUCAGCAGAUCUGCGUCGUCGGGAGGUCUCCAGUGUUAGUUUUUUUUUUAAGCAGCGAUGGCUGGAGGCUGGCGUGUACAUCUCUUUUUAUGAGCUCAGUAAAAACCUCACACAGUUAAGUAAAGCGUAACUCUAGCACUGUUCCUCUGUACCUGUACUCUGUGUUGCGUUUCACUUGUAGAUAUGAGCUGUCUGUAUUUUGGUUAUCAUGUGUUCCAUUUAAUGUGAGCGGAAACUGAAACGUGGUUAAUUUCUUUGUUGCAAAUGAUUAAUAAUAAUAAUAAUAAUAAAAGGCAAUUGUACAUUUCA